AUGUCAUCAACUAAACAACAACAAAAAAGUUUUUCUUCCUCCUCAAUUAAUUAUUCCACACAAAUUUUCUUUUAUUUUCGAAUAAUUUUUAUUUAUUAUUUUUUGGCAAUUCAAAAAUUGGAUGCUUAUCCAAACUUUUACAAUAAUGAAUUCCCAAUACAAAAUUUGAGAAAGUUUUUGAAUCAAGGAGGAGGAGAGGAAAAGAAUGAAGGAGAAAAUAAUGGAAAUUUAAAUAAUUUAAGAGAAGAAAAUAAAUUAGCAAAUGACGGCAACCAUCCAGUGUUUUUUGGAAGAAAAGUUUCUUCCCUCGGCGAUUUACAACAAACAUUUACCCCCGAAGGUUUAUUGGAACCCCCUUCUUCUGCAUUUGUUCGUUCUGCUGCAAAUAAAUUAAUUAAAAAAGAUAAAGAAGAAAUUGAAGAAAAUAAAAAAGAAAAUGGAAUAAUUAAUACUUUAAUUACAAAUAAUAGACAACCAAGAGCUAACAGUAAUUCCAAAUUGGCAAGAAAAAAUUGUUUCUUUUCUCCAUUACAAUGUUCAUUUUAUUAUAAGAGUAAUUCAAACUUUGCAAACAUGCUUAUGAGAGGAGAUGAAUAA